CACGCAUCGAUAUCUUAGUGUGCGAGUUUAGCUUGUGAGCCAGGCUUUGGGCGUUGUUUUUAUUAUAGAUCAAGAAAUAUUUGAAUUAUUAAUUAUAAACGUAUAUUGACUGUCCAGAAAUUGAAAUAAAACGUGCUGAGUUUCAACUGCAGUUAUCCUCAAUUGAGAGCAAAUGACAAUACGGCGUUGCACUUGUGGUCAGCAAGAAAAGCGUGUAGCUAAUAGAGAAAUAGGCCAGUGACUUCAUCAGUCAACGGCCUCUCCAAUUACACUUAUAAGUCAAUAAAGGCAGAGCUUGUGGGACUAUGUCCACAAUUGAAGAGGAGCGUAAAGCGUAUAUUAAUAAUCCAUAUUUCACUGGACCCAUAUACGGCAGCUUUAAGCCGUUUUAUGUGACUAUUGCAAUUUGCACAGUUGUGCUCGGCUCGAUAAUUAUAUUGAACAUCAUCUUGGGCUGCUGCUCCAAGCACCGUAAGUAUUGGCAAGACCGGCAUACGGGCAAUCGCUGGCUAGUUUCCAUUUGGUCUUCAACGCCGCAUAAGCAACCCCCACUUGACUUUACUGAACUACAGGACGCCAGCUAUUUCGAUCGAUUCCACCCAACCACUCACCAGCAAGUGUUUCCCAGUGACGUUGUCGUUUCCGUUGACGAUUUAGAGCCUGUACAUCAGUCGCACCAUCAGCAGCGACCACCCCGUCCAGAGGGUCGUACAUUGCAUCAGCAACGACAGCGCGAAGAAUACGUUGAGUUGCAGAAGCGCGAAAGUGACAUUUAAGCCAUGGCUCUAUAUAUUCUAUAUCCCGCCGUAGCUGCCGUAGCUCUCUUCGUUAUAGGCGUCAUCAUUGUCAUGCUACGCUAUGGGCCGCGUCUAUGCGGCCUGCGCCAUCAUGCUCUGCCCGACAAUCAUGACAUGCGGGAAAAGACCUACGAGCAUGAGAUUAGUUAUGCCUGAUCCGCCAUUUUCAUAUAUUUUUAUACACAACCACUUCAACUAACCAUAUUCAUAAGUUUCUAUAUUGUCCAUAACUAACUUCUCACAACAAAAUGUAAUUGUGUCUGCUGGAAUUGCACAAUUUUUUUCACAUACAUGCAGUACAAAAUGCCUUCUACAUUCGUCAGCAAGCUUUUAUAUCAUUCCAUUACGAAAACAUACAAAUUAUGUGCCUUCAAUAUCUCAAUGAGAAAUGUUUGCCGUCCAAGUGUCUUCUAGAAUUUUAAGAGUGCUCAGUUUAAAAUACAUAUAUAUAUACCCUUUUGGUACGUACAGAAAAAAGUUAUAACCCUUUUAUAUUGAAUUAAAACAGCUUUAAUGCACUUGUAAGAAAUAUAAUUUAUAAACAAACUCUACAUAUUAAAAACAUUUAUACCACAUUUGACUAAUAAAAAUGGCAUUUUAAUAGAAACAGAA